CCUGAAGGUUUCGAUGAGGGAAACAGAGGAGAAGAAGGGCAUGGAAGAAAGUCUGAUACCGAAACAAAGAGAGGAGUCGUCGUCCUCGUCCUCGUCUCUAACGUGGGAGGUGUUCUUUGAAGAAGUGAAGAGAUUGGGCUGGAUAGCUGCACCAAUGGUUGCUGUGAAUCUGUCGCUGCUCCUGUUGCAAGUUAUUUCAAUGAUGAUGGCCGGUCAUCUCGGUGAACUUUCUCUCUCAAGCGCCGCCUUAGCCGUCUCCCUUUCUGGUGUCACCGGCUUCAGCGUCCUUUUAGGGAUGGCAAGUGCAUUGGAAACUCUUUGUGGGCAAGCUUAUGGAGCUCAGCAGUAUCACAAACUUGGAACUCAGACUUACACUGCUAUAUUCUGCCUAAUUUUAGUUUGUCUUCCAAUCUCUCUGAUAUGGAUAAACAUGGGAAAGAUACUUGUAUUAAUCGGCCAAGACCCCGAAAUUUCUCACGAAGCUGGUAGAUUUACAUUAUGGCUUGUUCCUGGACUCUUUGCUUACGCAAUUGUUCAACCCCUGAUUCGAUUCUUUCAGAUGCAGAGUUUGAUCUUUCCCAUGUUUAUAAUCUCUAUGACAACUCUGUGUCUCCACAUACCACUCUGUUGGGUUUUAGUAUUUAUGUCAAGACUUGAGAACCUUGGAGCAGCAUUUGCACUCAGUAUUUCUAUGUGGUUAAAUGCGAUUUUCCUUGGGUUAUACAUGAAGUUCUCUACCGCCUGUGCAAAAACCCGUGUGCCAAUUUCUAUGGAGUUGUUCCGGGGGAUUGGAGAAUUUUUCCGCUUUGCCAUUCCUUCUGCAGUAAUGAUAUGCCUCGAAUGGUGGUCAUAUGAGUUGCUUGUUUUGCUGUCUGGGCUUUUGCCUAAUCCACAGCUUGAGACUUCAGUCCUCUCUGUAUGUCUCCAAACAAUUGCGACACUCUCUAUGAUACCAUAUGGAGUUGGUGCAGCAGCAAGCACUAGAAUCUCAAAUGAAUUAGGAGCAGGGAACCCAGAAUCUGCACGUAUAGUUGUCUACGCUCUGAUGUUUCUUACAGUAAUAGAAACAACUACAGUAAGUUCAAUAAUCUUUGCGAGCCGGCACUUUUUUGGUUACGCAUUCAGCAAUGAGAAGGAAGUUGUGGAUUAUGUCAGUGUCAUGUCUCCCUUGAUCUGUAUUUCCAUUAUACUGGAUUCCUUACAAGCAGUACUUUCAGGUGUUGCCAGAGGAUGCGGAUGGCAGCAUAUAGGAGCUUAUGUCAACCUAGCGGCAUACUAUCUUUGCGGUAUACCUUGUGCCGCAAUGUUGGGUUUCUGGGCACACUUGGGAGGGAAGGGACUUUGGUUGGGAAUACAAGCCGGUGCUUUUACACAGACAGUCCUCCUCUUUAUUGUAACAGGUUGCACAAAUUGGGAAAACCUUGCUUUUAGACAAGGACAAAAAGCUAAGCUGGCUACAAAACACAAAGCUGAACUGUUGGGCUGAAUUGUUAAUUGUACAAUAAGGCCACGUGCUCCCUACAUCAACUACCCCUCCCUAAGAAGAACUCGACUCCGGCGAGUUCAACUGAAGAAAUUGAUCCAGUAGGGCAGGAUAAAAAUGACGAAGAUGAUUCUCGGAGAGCCACACGCCGUCUGAAAUAGGCCUAUUACGAAACAAUACCAGGUAACGCCAGUACCCUCCACGACGAGUAGUGACAUGGUCACGUUUCACAAUCAGGUGAGGGGUUUCAUUAGAGGUGUUUGGGAGGGAAGCUAGCGGAAGGUUCGCACUAGGGGAACCAAGAAGAUCGUGAACUGGGACUGUAGGAUGCUGAGCAGACUGAUGUGAAGAGUCCUCAUGGCAAGCGGUCAGGUCGGCCACAUUAAAAAUAGGACUGAAACGAUAUUCCGGAGGCAAAUUCACGAGAUAUGCAUUAGAACCCAACCUCUUAAGAAUGGAAAAGGGAUCAGCUCGGCGGGAAUGUAACUUGUGGAUGGAACCUGGAGGAAAACGCCCAGGA